GGGAGUGACGCAGAGGUUACUGAUGCUCGAGUUCUUUUCUGAGAAAUUAGCACAUAACGGGUUCAGUCGUAAAAUACUUUAUUCGUUUUUUAAAAACCUAUUUAAGGAAACUCUAAAUCUCAAUUUCAGUUACAUUUCGGUCGGCUAGUGCACCCCACAGGCCUCUGCAUGUUGAUAUUGAUGUCGUGUUGUUGGUAGCUAGAAAAAAGAUGCCGCAGCCGAAAUCCCGUAAGAUCGCCGUCCUGGGAUACAGAUCCGUGGGAAAGUCCUCCUUAACAAUACAGUUUGUGGAAGGCCAGUUUGUCGACUCAUAUGAUCCAACCAUUGAAAACACGUUUACAAAAAUGAUCACAGUAAAUGGACAGGAGUACCAUCUGCAGUUAGUAGACACAGCCGGGCAGGAUGAAUACUCAAUUUUCCCUCAGACAUACUCCAUAGACAUCAAUGGAUACAUUCUGGUGUAUUCAGUCACAUCAAAUAAAAGUUUUGAAGUAGUAAAAGUUAUCCAUGAAAAGUUGUUGGAUAUGGUGGGAAAAGUUCAAGUGCCCAUUAUGUUGGUCGGAAACAAGAAAGACCUACACAUGGAACGGGUAAUCAGUUGCGAAGAGGGGAAAGCCUUGGCAGAUUCCUGGAACGCAGCAUUUAUGGAGUCCUCCGCUAAAGAGAACCAGACUGCAGUGGAGGUGUUCAAGAGGAUAAUCCUGGAGGCAGAGAAGAUCGACGGAGGUGCUCCACAGGGGAGGCCGUCCUGCUCCCUGAUGUAGACCUCCUCUCCACCCCCCUAUUCCACCCCCCCCCCCCCACACCCUCCUCCCCCAAUCCACCCCUUCUUCCUCCAACUGAUCACAGCACUGGACACUGGGAUAUCCCUCUACUUGAAGAGGCUAACUGCCUGUUUUCCUCCAGAUAUACUUGGCUUUUUCUUUUUUUAUUUCUUUUGGGCUUCUUUUUUGUUGCUUUUUUCUUUUUAAGUAGGACAGAGAUAUUUACAGACGGACGAAUAGGCUUCCCUCAUCUCUGGACGGACCUGCUUCCACUCGCUGACCCACCAUUUGCCUAAACCAGAUAGAGCUUCACUUUUCCUCUCAUUUUCAGCAUUUAUUUUCCUUUUCUACUGUUUCCCACUCCCUUUAUCGAUUUGUAUAUUGUAUUUCUUAAAGAUAAUUAUGGCCAAUAAACUUGCCAACUUUCUUUUUUUUUGUGUAGUGAAUGUUGUUGAAAUCAUUUUUGAUUGUAAUCAUUAAAGCGGCAAAGUUUCACUAUUAUUUAAGUCAA